UAAAUUAAAUUUGAGCCAAGAUGGCGAUUUCCAGCAGAGCUAUCAAACAAGGGGCUCGAUAUUUCGGCGCUGUUUGCGGAGAAUUAUCGACAGGAAAAGGACUACAGAGCCUUUUUUUAAAACAAAGUUCUCUUUUACCAACAAAAUUGAAAAAGUUAUGUUUAAGCACAGAGGUAAGAAAAGUUACCCUCAUGCCAGGCCAUGGCAUUGGUCCUGAGAUCUCUAAUGCUGUGAAAGAAGUGUUUAGCGCAGCUGAGGUUCCUAUAACUUGGGAAGAAGUCAAUGUGGAACCAAUUGUCCUACCAAGUGGAAGAACCACGGUCCCACCGCAAGUAAUCAAGUCUAUCAAUCAGAAUAAAGUGGGUCUGAAAGGACCGAUGGAAACAAAGAUUGGAAAAGGCCAUGUAUCAUUGAAUCUUACUUUAAGAAAGACAUUCAACUUGUUUGCCAAUGUGCGUCCAUGCUGCUCAAUUGAAGGUUACCCUACUGCAUACAAGGAUGUCAAUCUUGUCACCAUUCGUGAAAACACAGAGGGUGAAUACAGUGGCAUUGAGCAUUUGGUUGUUGAGGGAGUUGUUCAGAGCAUCAAACUGAUUACAAAGAAUGCAUCAUCCAGAGUUGCUGAGUAUGCAUUCAGUUAUGCCAGAGCAAACAACAGACAUACUGUUACAGCCGUACACAAGGCAAAUAUCAUGCGGAAAUCCGAUGGGCUGUUCCUGCAGUGUUGUCGUGAAGUUGCAGAGAAGUACAAAGACAUUAGAUACCAGGAAACGUAUCUUGAUACAACCUGCCUAAAUAUUGUAAAAGAUCCAAGCCAGUACGAUGUGUUGGUCAUGCCAAACCUGUAUGGUGACAUACUGAGCGAUCUUUGCGCUGGAUUAGUUGGAGGUCUUGGUGUCACACCAAGCGGAAAUAUUGGUGAAGAUGGAGUAGCCAUAUUUGAAUCGGUUCACGGAACAGCCCCAGAUAUCGCUGGAGAAGACAAGGCAAAUCCCACAGCAUUGUUGCUAAGCGCCGUGAUGAUGUUACGUCAUAUGAAUCUUGGUGAACACGCGAGCCAAAUUGAACAAGCAACGCUUUCCACCAUCAAAGAAGGAAAGGUUCGCACGCGCGAUCUUGGUGGGGACGCAAGCUGCUCAGCUUUUACAGAAGAAAUCUGCAACAAUCUAAAACGAUCUUAGCUGCGAGAACAUAAAUAACAGUUGUCUUUUACACUGGACGGAAUGUACCCAGGGACAUAAAAUGAUCUCGCAGGAUUCUACAUAAAUUGUUGACAUAUAAAGCCAUUGCGUUUAAAAUCAUUUCAUGUGAUCAAUGGCUGUAUUUAUUAGUGAGAAGAAAAAAACUUUGGCUGUAAAUAUUUUUCGCUGAAAUAAAUAAAUUUGCCAAGA